AUGAUGUCCUACAUAAAGCAACCCCAUUACACCAUGAACGGGUUAAAUUUGCCCGGUCCAGGCAUGGAUGUGCUGCACACUACAGUCGCUUACCCAUCCACACCCAGGAAGCAGCGCAGAGAGCGCACCACCUUCACCCGCACACAGCUGGACAUCCUGGAGGCUCUGUUCUCCAAAACCCGCUACCCGGACAUCUUCAUGAGGGAGGAGGUGGCCCUGAAGAUCAACCUGCCUGAGUCACGUGUCCAGGUUUGGUUUAAAAACCGGCGUGCCAAGUGCCGUCAGCAGCAGCAGCAGAGCAGUGGUCAGUCCAAGCCCCGUCCACCCAAAAAGAAGGCCUCUCCUGUUCAGGAACCAAGCGCCCCUGAUCCUCUCCCUAACCCGUCUGGAUCUUACAGCCCAUCCUCAGCUCAGUCCGGCCCCAGCCUGGCCCCGAGCUCCAGCACCGGGAACACGGCCGUGUCCAUCUGGAGCCCGGCCAUCUCGCCGCUGCCCGACCCCCUGGCCUCCUCCUCGAACCCCUGCAUGCAGCGUCCCUCUCCUUACCCCAUGAGCUACGGGCAGCCGUCAGCGUACACCCAGGGCUACGCCAGCACCACCUCCUACUUCACCGGCCUGGACUGCAGUGCCUACCUGUCGCCCAUGCACUCGCAGCUUUCAGGCACCGUGGGGGCCCUCAGCCCCAUCACAGUGCCCUCCAUGGGGGGCUCCCUGAGCCAGUCCCCGGCCUCGCUGUCCUCUCAGGGCUACAGCACGGCCUCCUCCCUGGGCUUCACCUCUGUGGACUGCCUGGACUACAAGGACCAGCAGGCCUGGAAACUGGGCUUCACUACCAUGGACUGUCUGGACCACAAGGACCAGAACUCCUGGAAGUUCCAGGUCCUCUAA